AGUUGGCGGCGAGGAGAGUGUACUUGUCAGUGCUGCUUUUGUAACAGUUUAUUUUAAAAGAUUAUGACAUGUCUACCAUAUCGUUUUGGUAGUAUCUGUCACUGCUGAUGAAGUGGAUUGUUUUGCAAAAUGAAGAAUAUACACAUUAAGAGUGCGCAGAGUCUAGUCCUGGCUGCGGUUUUCGCAGCCCUGUGCGUGCAUGUGCGCGAUUCGGAUGCAGCGGCUUGUGUCGGCUGUUCAGGAUCAGGAUGCGACUGCAACGGAGUGAAGGGAGCCAGGGGUGAGAGAGGUCCUCCGGGGCUGCCGGGCCAGCCGGGCGUGCCGGGAUUCCCAGGCCCUGAGGGGCCCUUGGGGCCCAGGGGGGAGAAGGGCAAUGAUGGUCUCCAAGGUCAGCCCGGCCCAAAAGGAAUCAGAGGACCCACAGGACUGCCUGGAUUUCCAGGUACCCCAGGGAUCCCGGGUCAACCAGGGCAGGAUGGGCCACCAGGGCCCAGGGGACUCCCAGGAUGCAACGGCACAAAGGGAGAUCGUGGAUUGGCUGGAAUCUCUGGCUUUCCUGGGGUCCCAGGCAUUUUGGGUCCUCCAGGUCUCCCGGGCCAGAAGGGAGAGCCGGGCGAGAUUUUGGCUUCUGGCCCAUAUGGACUGAAAGGAGAUUCAGGUGUGCCAGGCGGACCGGGCUCUCCCGGACUGCCUGGCCCUCAGGGAUUAACGGGUCCGGUUGGCCCCCCAGGCCACCCAGGCUAUGAGGGGGAACCCGGACCCCCUGGUCCACCUGGACCCAAGGGGAAUAUGGGCCUGAACUUCCAAGGACCAAAGGGAGAAAAGGGUUUAUCUGGCCUGCCAGGGCCACCUGGUCCCCCAGGACUGAUCAGCGAGCAGCAGAGGCCGUCGGACUAUGAGGUGCAGAGAGGGGAUAAGGGUGAUCAGGGACCACCUGGCUUCCCUGGACAGCCGGGCCGACCUGGACCUCCAGGUGUCUCUGGAGGGCAGAAGGGUGAGAAAGGGGAGCCAGGCGAAGCUGGGAAGCGGGGGAAACCUGGCAAAGAUGGAGACCCGGGGCCGUCAGGAUUCCCGGGCCAGAAGGGGGAGCCAGGAGCCCCGGGACUGUCUGGCAGGGACGGCGAGAGGGGGGAGAAAGGGGACAGAGGAUACCCUGGGCCCCCUGGCGCGGUGAUCGGCGGAGGAGCUCUGGGAGGCGGAGUGGGAUCCAAAGGUGACCCGGGGUACCCUGGAGCUCCCGGGGCAAAGGGGGAGCGAGGCCCGCAAGGUUUACCUGGGUCAGCGGGAGCGCCAGGUGCACCAGGUGGGGUGUCUGCAGGUUUUGCAGGGCAGCCUGGUGUCCCGGGUGACAGGGGGCAGAAGGGAGAUGCAGGUCUGCCGGGGGCGUCCAUCCCUGGGCCCCCAGGCAGAGCGGGACUGGCUGGUGCCCCUGGCCCCCCCGGGCUCCCAGGACCCCCAGGAUUCUCAGGCCCCUCCACCUCCUGCAGAGUAGGCUCCCCUGGGCAGCCUGGCCUACAGGGAGACCCAGGAUUCCCUGGAGCAACAGGACAGAAAGGUGAGAAGGGGGACACCUGCAUCAACUGUUUUGCCACCAACGUUGUCCCUGGAGCCACGGGCCCCUCGGGCCCUCCUGGAUUCCCAGGCAGUCCAGGUGCACCUGGGGCCAAAGGUGACCGAGGUUUCCCUGGAUCGCCGGGGACGGCUGGGGCACCGGGUUUGCCUGGAGCUCAGGGUGCCCCCGGGUUCCCGGGACAGAAGGGGGAGCCGGGAGAUGCCAUCGCUGUGGAGGGGGUCAGGGGCGAGAAGGGGGACACGGGCUUCCCGGGACCCCCUGGCCUGCCAGGGCUGGAUGGAAGUCCCGGCAGAGACGGCGCACCCGGAGCACCUGGGCCCAAAGGCGCAUCUGGGGCACUUGCCGUUAAAGGAGAACGUGGCCCUCCGGGACUUCCUGGGAGUCCCGGUCUCCCUGGGGAUAGGGGACCGCAGGGCCCCCCAGGCUUUGGCCCCCAGGGCCCUCCGGGGGAGAAGGGUGUCCCGGGCGUGGGUGGCAGGACAGGAGCGCCAGGUGCACCAGGUGUGAAGGGAGAGCCAGGUCAGACACUGUCAGAGAAGGGGGCUUCGGGUGCCCCAGGACCCAGCGGAGAGCCAGGCCUUACAGGAGCUCCAGGUGCUCCAGGUGCUCCCGGGCAGCCAGGGAUACCUGGGAUACCAGGAGCAAAGGGGGACCCCGGCAUUCCUGGGAUUGGCUUGCCAGGUGCUCCAGGAGAGAAAGGACACGCGGGAGCCCCUGGCCUGGCAGGGGCCCCGGGCAGCCCAGGACGGCCCGGAGCAGACGGGCUCCCUGGAGUGCCGGGUGUGCCAGGAGCAAAGGGUGACCCCGGAUUUGGGUCACCAGGGGCCCAGGGUCCUCCUGGAUUUCCUGGAAGCAAAGGGUUCCCCGGGCCAAAGGGGGACCCUGGAUUCCCUGGGGGUCCAGGCCAGCCAGGGCGAUCAGGCUUUGAUGGAGCUCCAGGACUCAAAGGUGAUGCAGGUAUUCCUGGGACACCUGGAGCUCGUGGUGCCCCUGGUGCUCCUGCUAUUGGUGUUCAGGGCCCUUCUGGCCCCGUUGGCCCUCCAGGACCUGCAGGUGCUCCAGGCUACCCUGGUGCAAGUGGUGAGAAGGGUGACCCUGGACCCCCAGGACUGGACAUCCCAGGGUUGCCGGGAGACAGAGGGAGUCCUGGUCUCCCUGGAGCCACAGGAGCUGUUGGUGCCCCUGGUCCCGCCGGUGGGCCAGGCCGAGAUGGACUGCCUGGAUUUCCUGGUGCUAAAGGAGAUACUGGACCGACAGGGUCCCCUGGCCCCCCGGGCCCUGCAGGUUCCCCUGGUGGCCCUGGGUAUCCUGGCCCCAAAGGUGAUGACGGUUUCCCUGGACGACCAGGUGGCCCAGGUGCUCCUGGGCUGAAGGGAGAUCGGGGCGACCCUGGUGCCCCCGGCCUGCCCGGGCCCACCGUGCGGCCUCUGGAACUGAAGGGAGAGAAGGGAGAUCCAGGUGCCCCAGGUGCGGGGGGGGUGUCAGGAGAGAAAGGUGCGCUGGGUCUCCCUGGAAACCCUGGACUCCCAGGGUUGGACGGUCGACCAGGAGGACCAGGACCUGCAGGCCCCAAAGGAGACCAUGGAGCACCUGGUUUACCUGGAGCACCUGGACUGCCCGGGGCAAAGGGCAAUAUGGGAGAAACAGGCUUCCCAGGUCCUGCGGGAUUGAAAGGUGCCCCAGGUCUUCCCGGCCUGUCGGGGACGCCUGGCGGUCCGGGUGCCCCUGGGUACACCGGGGCCAAGGGUGACACGGGGGCACCUGGGUUUGGUGCUCCAGGAAGUCCGGGUGCCAAGGGUGAACCAGGUCAGCCUGGAUUCCCUGGGGCUCCAGGACCCAAAGGGCUGGCAGGUGCCCCAGGUCUGCCGGGACUGCCAGGUGGCCCAGGAACCAAGGGUGACCCAGGAUUCCCUGGACUUCAAGGUGCGCCAGGUAUACCUGGGGGGAAGGGGCUGGACGGAGCUCCGGGAGGCCCGGGCCUCGAUGGGCCCGCAGGUCAGCCAGGUGAACCGGGUCGUCCUGGAGCUCCCGGCCUGCCCGGAGAGAAGGGCCAGGUGGGACGAGACGGCAUCCCUGGACCUGCAGGUCACAAAGGAGAGCCAGGUGUGCCCGGCAUCGGCCAUCCCGGGUCUCCCGGUCUGCCAGGAUUGCCAGGUCCGAAGGGAGACCUCGGCUUGCCUGGGCUUCCCGGUAGCCCUGGCUUCCCAGGACCGAAAGGAGACCUGGGGUUCCCAGGUACACCUGGCCCUCCAGGUAGUGUUGGGCCUCCGGGCCCUGCUGGUCUGGCCACAGUAGGACCUAAAGGCAACCCCGGGCUGCCCGGGCCCCCAGGAAGGAACGGUGGCCCUGGUCCGGAGGGCCCGCGUGGACCCCCUGGAGCUGGUGGCUAUAAGGGGGAGAAGGGAAACCCUGGAGCCCCUGGUGCCCCUGGCUUCUCUGGAGCCAAAGGAGAGUAUGGAGCCCCAGGGCUUUCGGGUGCCCCUGGCCUUCCUGGAGCUCCCGGACUGAAAGGAGACAUCGGACUUCCUGGAGUCCCAGGAUUCCCAGGUGUAAAGGGACAGCCCGGUACUCCUGGAGCACCUGGGCUUGCUGGUGACCCGGGAGACGUUGGUGCCCCAGGGCUUCCUGGUGAUCCAGGGGCGGCAGCAGCCCCCAUUGUGCUGAAAGGGGAGCGUGGCCCCCCUGGGAGUGACGGUCUCCCCGGCGGGCAUGGGCCCCCCGGCCCUCCCGGACUGAACGGACUGGCAGGGCCCCCAGGACCCCCUGGAGACCAGGGUCCAGAGGGCCCCCCAGGGUUCAAUGGUCCCUCAGGACGCAAAGGAGACACGGGACCGGUGGGAGAGUCAGGUCAGCCCGGGUUCCCAGGACCCCCAGGGCCUGAUGGGAUACAGGGUCCUCCCGGCCUGCCCGGCGGGUCAGCGGUGGCACACGGCUUCCUGGUCACGCGGCACAGCCAGUCCGCGGAUGUGCCGUUCUGUCCCGACGGCACCAGCCAGAUCUACGACGGCUACUCGCUGCUGUACGUGCAGGGAAAUGAGAGGGCUCACGGCCAGGACCUGGGCACGGCUGGCAGCUGUCUGCGCAGAUUCAGCACCAUGCCUUUCAUGUUCUGCAACAUCAACAACGUCUGCAACUUCGCCUCCCGCAACGACUACUCCUAUUGGCUGUCCACACCUCAGCCCAUGCCCAUGAACAUGGCGCCCCUCUCCGGGGAAACCAUCAAACCCUUCAUCAGCAGGUGUGUUGUGUGUGAGGCCCCUGCCAUGGUGAUUGCAGUGCACAGCCAAACCAUCCAGCUGCCUUCCUGCCCACGGAACUGGGAGCCGCUGUGGAUCGGAUACUCCUUCAUGAUGCACACCAGCGCGGGAGCGGAGGGGUCGGGUCAAGCCCUCGCCUCGCCAGGCUCCUGCCUGGAGGAGUUCCGCUCCGCCCCCUUCAUCGAGUGCCAUGGGCGGGGCACCUGCAACUACUACGCCAACUCCUACAGCUUCUGGCUGGCCACGGUGGACCCCUCCGACAUGUUCAGGAGGCCCCCGUCGGAGACGCUGAAGGAGGGUAAUCUGCGCACGCGAGUGAGUCGCUGCGUGGUCUGCAUGAAGAGGACGUAAUGGCAGGAAAACUGGAAACCAUGACGACCAGUGACUGGCAGGUGGAGUUACAUCGGUGCUCGUGAAGCGCGUGCUUCAGCACAGUGGUGCUACUGUACAACACAGCAAUGAAAAUGAAAACGAACUGAAUCAUUUUCUCAAAUAAGUACUUCAAAAAGCAAGGAAAACCACACGACGGGCUGUGCUGGAUGUCUGAUAAAGGUGCAUUUUUUGUUUUUCUCUUUCUGGGAGAAGUUUUUUCAAAAGGCUUUUUGUUGUGAUGCUAGUAUAUGUUUCCUGAAGAUGUGUGCUUCUCGUCUUCAAAGCAGUGAAACUGUCUCCGUCUUACAGAAACUGGCACUUUUGCCUCUGACACCAUAGAGAGGAGAUGCACUGAAAAAAAGCUUCUUUAGUGUGAUUGCUUUUUUAAAUUUUAUUUUUCCCAUUUUCUCAAGGUGCUACUAACAGCGCUGUAAGCUAUAAGCAUUUUAUUUCUCUUUUGUAAGUAAUUAAGUCUGUAUAUUGUGUAAAACACUUUUUUAUAGUGCAGAACGUAAGCCAUAUGGAUUCCUGAUGUGUUGCUGGAUCACAUCUGCAGCCUCAGUCUUUCACACCCUCUCCUGCAC